UAUUAGCGGUGGAUGAGUUGCCACUGGGGCAAGAGAGUGAUCACUCAUUGCUUUAUCCGAGGAUGAUAAGCCCCUCGGUGGGCUAAUUUUGGACACGUGGCGAUGCAUGGCUUGGUUGGGAUUCCCCGGGUAUAUUCGAUGGAAGCUGAUCUAUAUAGGUUGGUGCUCGUGUAAACUAGUUUUUGCACUUUCGCCCUCUUUAUCCAACUCAAUAUACCGUCUCGUACCUUCAACCAUGUCGGCCUUUGAAGGAAAGUAUGCAGAGGAGCUUGUGAAGAAUGCCAGGUACAUUGCGACCCCUGGGAAGGGCAUUUUGGCAGCUGACGAGAGCACCGGCACCAUUGGAAAGCGUCUAGCCAGUAUUAACGUGGAGAACAUCGAGUCCAACCGCCAAGCCCUUCGGGAGCUUCUCUUCACCUCUCCUAACGCCCUCACCCACCUCUCCGGUGUCAUCCUCUUCGAGGAGACCCUCUACCAAAACACCUCGGACGGAAAACCUUUUGUCGAAGUCCUUCUAGAAAACAACGUCAUUCCAGGCAUCAAGGUCGACAAGGGCACGGUCGAGUUGGCCGGCACCAACGGUGAAACCACCACCCAAGGCUUCGACUCGCUCGGAGCGCGGUGCCAGCAGUACUACAAGGCCGGCGCACGCUUUGCAAAGUGGCGUUCCGUUCUCAAGAUUGGCCCUCACGAGCCUUCCGAGCUGUCAAUCCAACAAAACGCCCAAGGCUUGGCUCGCUACGCCAUCAUUUGCCAGGAGAAUGGGCUGGUGCCAAUUGUUGAGCCUGAGAUUUUAACUGAUGGGUCUCAUGACAUCCAGAAAUGCGCUGCUGUUACUGAGAUCGUGCUUGCAGCAGUCUACAAGGCUCUCAAUGAUCACCAUGUUCUCCUUGAAGGCACACUCCUAAAGCCCAACAUGGUUACCCCUGGCUCUGAUAGUCCAAAGGUAGCACCUGAGGUGAUUGCUAAGUACACAGUCACCGCACUCCACCGAACUGUCCCGGCGGCAGUGCCAGGGGUUGUGUUUUUAUCUGGCGGGCAAAGCGAGGAGGAGGCAACGCGUAAUCUUAACGCAAUGAAUAGGUUGGAGGUGCUGAAGCCAUGGACUCUUUCCUUCUCGUUUGGGCGAGCUUUGCAGCAAAGCACGCUCAAGACAUGGGCUGGAAAGAAGGAGAAUGUUGGGAAAGCUCAGGAGACGUUCUUGGUGAGGUGCAAGGCUAACUCGGAGGCCACUCUAGGAAAGUAUACCGGCGGGGGUGAUGGUGGUUUGGCUUCUGAGAGUUUGUUUGUCAAGGGUUACAAGUACUGAUGUGGCCUGGCCUCUACAUGGAAUGGAGUUUUAUUAUAUAAUUCCUAAUGCAAUUGUAACUUCACUCUUUACUGCUUACUUAUACUUAUUCUACAAAGAGAAAUGUUUUGUUUCGAUCUUCUUUUGUCAAUUUUUACAUAAAAGAUGGACAAAUUUACUAUUGAAUUUGUAAAUUUAAUGAUGAAUUUACUAAAGAGAUGAGUUAUAUAUA